AUGGAAACCAAAUCAGUAGACGUUGAUGUUCAUGUAACAGCUUGGCAUCAUACUCCAUCGUCAGAGUUCUCAAGCAAUGUACUAAUCAGUACAGACAGAGAAUUCGAAGAACUUAUCAUAGACAAGAACGAUGACAGUGUAACACGUUUCAGAUCUUACCCGGAUCCUUCUCCUCCUGCCCCUAUCAUCUAUCUGAAGAUCCAAAACUUCGAACAAAACCACAUCUAUCGAGUUGUUCUUAGCCAACUCCACAACCGUGUCUUGUCCAAGCUGAUAUCUGAGAAGAUUGUUGUUAAAACCCAACAGCUGAGAAGUCAAAGUUCUGAAUCCUUAUACGUGGUUGUCUACAUCACUUUGACACAGAAGGUUUACAUCGUUGUGCCUCGUUUACAAGAGAGCGAAGAAGAAGAAGAAGAAGAAGAAGAAGGAGAAGGAGAAACAGAGACUUGUGCGAUUUGUUUGGAGAAGAUGUUGGAGUUUGAACAUAUCUACGACAUGACUAAUUGUUCGCAUCAGUUUCAUAAAGAAUGUGUCAUUGAGUGGAUGAAUCGACAAAAGAACUCAUGCCCUCUCUGUCGCCAACCUGUUUACCAAUUACAAGAAUGA